CGAGAUUCUUUUGACAACAGUUAUUUUUUCACACCCCAACUUAGCAAUGUCGCAGAAUAAUUUCAUCUCUUCUGGAGAUUUUCAAUACACCCCAUCCAAUAAUUUAACAACUUUGCAAAAUGUUUACGCUUCUGAAACCAACAGCCUUCAAACUCUUGUACUAGAUUUACAUGGCGAGAUUAAAUCUUUUUUUAAGUCUGAAAUUUCGAGCUUAAAAGAAGAAAUUAAAGAAUUGAAGGAUGGAAAUAAACGAGCAUUUACCAAACUAACAGAGGAGGUCAUAGCUGUUAAGCUAGAAAACAGAAGGCACCACAAUGACAUCACAUCAAUCGAUGAAUUUGAAGAUUUACAAAAACUUCCUUUGGCCGUUAUUGCUGAUUUAGAAAAAUUGGAUGGCGAGAUACAACACAAUAAAGAAUUCAUAGCAAAAACAGGCGGUGACGGACCCGCAAAAUUUCUAAGAACCGCCGUCCGAAAAGUAUUUUGUGACGAAUUGGCUUCUGCUUACAGCUGGAAGGGGACCGCACUAAGCCAAGCGCCGAAAAGUGCUUUCUAAUAACAACGAUUAAAAAUAUUUGCCAUCUAAAAUACAAAAGCACAGACCAAGAAAUGAACGGUGUGCUUCAAAAGCAUUUUGUGCAUGCUAAAGACAGGAUAGCAAAACGAAAACUAACGAGAUCACUGCAAGAAAAAACGGCGAAGAACUCACGCAAUUGAUAAAAUGGAUUUUUUAAUUUAAGUACUUUUAACUUU